AUGGAUAUGGGAUCAAUGUCUAUGGGAUCCAUGUCGAUGGACCACGCCAUGCACAGCGCUACGGACAGUAUGUCCAUGAGCUCGUCUACUAUGGAUCAUGGCAGCAUGGACCAUGGCAGUAUGGACCACGGGAGCAUGGACCACAGUAUGAUGGGUAUGAACAUGUGGUUGACUACCAAGUACGAGGGAUACCCUGUCUUGUUCAAGUCCCUUGUGGCUAACAACGGCGGUGAGGCGUUUGGUAUUUUCCUCCUCUUCUUCGUGGUAGCCUUUGUUGGAAAAGGCUGUGAGUUCCUCAAGAACUACUUGGAGCUGAAGGUUUGGCACAACCCUAAUUACAACCGUCAAACAACCAUCAUUGACGAGUGUGCUUGUGAUGAUGAGGAGGCUAACUCUGGUAAGGGCCUGGAGUCUGUGGAACAAACCACAAGACCUGCAAGCCACUCGUUCUUCACCUACUUGAUGAGAGACUUUAUCAGAAUCAUUUUGUGCUUCAUUCCCGAGAUGUUUGGCUAUGCCUUGAUGUUGGUGGCCAUGACCUUCAGUCUUGUCUACUUCUUUUCCGUCAUCUUGGGUAACACCUUCGGUCGCUUCUUCUUUGAAAAGUUGAGCAACAAGCUUAACCUCCUGCCCGGCGCCAAUAAUUUCGCCGGUCACCAUUAA